AUGUUUGUUAUUUUUGUUUUUUCGUUUUUUAUAUGUUUGGUGAAUGGUUCCUACCGUUAUGAAAAUCGAACUAUCGAUUGCGAUUUAUCGAAAGAUCAAUGCGUUUUGACUGCGCCGGACACGAAGAUCAAGAACCUAGAUUUGAAAGUUCAAUGUUUUCGGGAUGAGAAGAAGCGGUUGAAUUGUCCGAUUAGAUGUCCCAAGGAAAACGAAGUUCAUGUAAGUAGUAACACUUUGAAAAAUAAAAAAAAACCAACCCCAGGUCCUGUUCAAAAUCCCAUCAUCCAACAAAAAAUGCGUGAAAUUCUAUACUUAUGGAAAACUCCAAGGCGAAACCGAAUGGCUUGUUUGGAUGAUUGAACCGUGUCAAACUAUAAUCUCAACACAUUGUCGAUAUUUGGAAUGA